AUGUCUCCACGCAAAGCUAUGAAGUUCUUCGAUGAUGAGCAAGAAGAAUGGCUCAAAACCAAGGUCGACGGCUUCAAGCAAUCAAUGGGCAAAGAAAUUGAGCGCAAACUCUGGUAUGCGAUGCUACGUAAGGAGUGGAGUGAUAGGUGGGAUCUCAAACCAGAACAGCUCCAUAUGUUUCCCACCUACUUCAGAAAUGCCCUCCUCAAAUGCGGCACCUAUAAAGUAACAAAGCCCAGGAACCAAACUCGAACUCAUCGCAAGGCGUUUCACACUAGAUCUUCAGCUUCAGCCCUGAAGCUGAAGGACGAGAAACGCGGCUCCUCUCGGGUCACAGAACCUGCCGCCCGCUCUUGUAUGCGUCGCUCUGGUGCCCGCACCAGAGCUGAGGUCCGAGAGCUUCGUUCACUACUGGCACCCACUUCUCGCCAUCAAUACAAACGAACUUUAUCUUCUCGGGGCGACGAGGGCUUAGCACCUCCUUCGGCUGCCUUGUCGUCCUCUGGUACUCCAAACAUUGCCCUCGAUGACGAAAUGAUAGACCAACUUGCCUCAGACGACGAAAUGAUAGACCAACUUGCCUCAGGCGACGAAAUGAUAGACCAGCUUGCCUCAGACGACGACGGGAACACUCUCUUGACGCAAACUCCAUGGUAA